AUUUCAAUGUAGAGGAAUUGACAGAGAAAAAAAACGGUUUUUACUCAUCGCGCGUAAUCACGCUGUGCAGUUGGAAUUUCAUACUCGUUUUGCAUGUUGUGAUGGUGCUUUGUUGUGAACAGCAGACUUGAAUUUCACAUUUAAGAUAAAUUAAUUAAUAUAAGAGAACUAUUCGUUCAACAAGAAAGAAAUCUAACAAUUUAAUUAUCUUAUUGCAAUUACUCAAACAAGGAAUAUGGAAGUAACUGCAGAAAAUUUGCAAGUAUUAGCCGGCUACUUACAACAGACGCUGAGCUCCGACCCUAGUAUCCGGCGUCCUGCUGAAAAGUUAUUGGAAUCUAUAGAAGUGCAAAAAAAUUAUGCGGUACUUCUGCUUAAUCUGAUAGACAAAGCGGACGCGGAUAUGACAAUACGUGUUGCCGGUGCAAUUUCCUUUAAGAAUUUCAUAAAACGCAAUUGGAUAGCGGAGGAUGAAAAAAUUCAUGAAGAUGAUCGUGUAUUAGUUAAAUCUUUAAUAGUUGCCCUAAUGUUAAAGUCGCCCAUUGCAAUACAAAAUCAACUUAGCGAUGCAGUUAGUAUAAUUGGAAAAUCAGAUUUCCCAAAGAAAUGGCCAAAUCUUAUUGAUGAAAUGGUUGAAAAGUUUGCUACUGGUGACUUCAACAUGAUCAAUGGCGUCUUGCAAACAGCACAUUCCAUUUUCAAGCAUUAUCGUUACUCAUUCAAGAGUCAAGAGUUGUGGGAAGAAAUAAAAUUGGUAUUGGAUCGAAUGGCGCAGCCAUUGACAAAUCUAUUACUAGCCACAAUGGAAAUGACUAAUGUACACAAGAACAAUGUAGAAGCUUUAAAAGUCAUUUACGGUUCAUUGGUUUUGGUUUGCAAAGUAUUUUAUUCAUUAAAUUCACAAGAUUUGCCGGAAUUCUUUGAGGAUAAUAUGGAGACUUGGAUGCCAGCGUUUCAUACGUUAUUAACUGUUGAUGUACCUUGCUUGCAAACGGCAGAGGAUGAGAACGCUGGUGUACUCGAGCACUUGCGUUCACAAAUAUGCUGUAAUAUUGGCUUGUAUGUGAAAAAGUAUGACGAAGAGUUUAGGAAAUAUACUGAAAUAUUUGUUCCUGCUGUUUGGGAAUUGUUAGUUAAAACUAGUUUACACACUAAAUUUGAUGCGCUUGUAUCCAAUGCGCUGAGUUUCUUAACUGCAGUAGCAGAACGUAAGCAGUACGGAGAUUUAUUUGAACGUCCCGAAGUACUUGCCAAUAUAUGCGAAAAGGUGAUUAUACCGAAUUUAGACUUUCGUCAAUCUGAUGAGGAACUAUUUGAAGAUAGCCCCGAGGAGUAUAUAAGACGGGAUAUUGAAGGUUCUGACAUUGAUACAAGACGACGUUCCGCUUGUGAUUUGGUCAAAAUUUUAAGUCAAAACUAUGAGCAAAAAAUAUUUAGUAUAUUCGGACAAUAUAUGAACCUUUUGCUUGACAAAUAUAAAGAAAAUCCAACAACAAAUUGGCGAUCAAAGGACACAGCUAUAUAUUUAGUAAUAGCUCUAGCAUCGCGCGGCAGCACACAAAAACAUGGCAUUACUCAGGUCUCAGAACUAGUGCCCUUGCCACAAUUUUGUGGACAACACAUUGUACCAGAAUUGGAAAGCCAAAAUGUUAAUGAAUUGCCGGUUUUGAAGUCAUCUGCUAUUAAGUUCAUUAUGGCCUUCCGAAGCAUUUUGGGAGCACAAAUAUUAGUUGCAUGUAUACCACAUAUGAUACGUCAUCUGCAGGCAGAAAGCGUUGUUGUGCAUAGUUAUGCGGCGUGUGCCAUUGAGAAGAUGAUGACAUUGCGCGGCUUGAAUAAUGUGGCAACCAUUGAGAGGCAGCAUUUCUUAACUUAUUCCAAUGAAUUUUUGGUUGCUCUUUUCAACACAUUAACACUGCCAAACUCUGGCGAGAACGAGUACGUAAUGAAAGCAAUUAUGCGCACAUAUUCCUUGUUGCAAGAAGUAACAAUGUCAUAUAUGGCAAUAGCAUUGCCACGCCUUACUGAAAUAUUGGCACAGGUAUCUAAAAAUCCAUCGCGACCACAUUUUAAUCAUUACCUCUUCGAGACUCUUUCGUUAACAGUAAAAAUUGUUUGUAAAGCGGAAAAGAAUGCUGUAAGCUCUUUUGAAGAAGUUCUGUUUCCAGUAUUUCAGGGCAUAUUGCAGCAGGAUAUUUUAGAAUUCAUGCCAUACGUCUUUCAGUUGUUAUCUCUUCUAUUAGAAAUACGUGAAGAUUUAGGUGUAAUCCCCGAACCGUAUUGGCAAUUAUUCCCUUGUUUACUGAGCCCUACAUUAUGGGAUCGUCCAGGCAAUGUUAAACCACUAAUAAGACUUUUAAAUGCCUUUAUUAAACAAGGACCAAGCCAAAUUUCAACAGAUAAAUUGAAUGGACUAUUAGGAAUUUAUCAAAAAAUGAUUGUAUCAAAAUCGAACGAUCAGGAAGGUUUCUAUCUCAUGCAAACCUUAAUAAGCCAUUAUCCUUACAAGGAAUUGGAGCCAAAUAUGCAACGCGUAUUUAAUUUAAUGUUCCAUCGGUUAUCAUCAUCAAAAACAACGAAACUGGUGCGUGGUGUUAUUGUAUUUUUCUCGUUCUUCAGUGCAAAACAAGGGGCAACGACUUUAGUACAAUUGAUAGAUACAAUUCAAACUUCUAUGUUUGGUAUGGUAAUCGAACGUUUAUUUAUACCCGAAAUGGCUAAAGUUAAUACUGAUAUGGAUAGAAAAAUUGUUGCAGUUGGUGUUACGAAAAUACUCACAGAAUGUCCAGCUAUGAUGCAACCACCUUAUGUUCAAAACUGGUCACGCCUAUUACAAUCUGUAAUAGAAAUUUUUGAAUUGCCACCUGAUCAAACCACAAUAGAUGGUGAUCAUUUCAUUGAAGUUGAUGAUGAACCGGGUUAUCAGGCAGCUUUUUCACAGUUGAGCUAUGCCCAACCAAAACAGGAAGUCUUUUUAGCAGAAAUACAAGAUGCACGUUUAUAUUUAGCCCAAAGUGUGGGCAAAUUAGCACAAGCACAUCGUGGAGAAAUUGCAGCGUUAAUUGCUACUAUGGGCGAUAGGCAUCAGGAAGCCUUGAAAAAGUACUGUGAUCAAGCAGGCGUGGCCAUCGCCUAACUCCGCGUUAUUUUUAUUUAACUAUAAACACUUAAUUUCUUUAUAUUUUUUUUAUUUAUUUAAUGCAAUGUGUAUUUAA